AUGGCUUCGGAUUUCUCAGAAUCGGAGCCCCGCAACAGGCUACCGACUCUUAUGGAAGUGCUCCAUCGCAGGACCCUUGCUCCCGUCGACCUUUUUUCAUUCUACAUCUACAUGAGAGACCAGCAAUGCUCUGUCGAUUACCUAGAUUUCUGGCUAGACGUGUCACAACACAUGUCACUCUGUCGCCAUUACGUUCGUGAACUCCGUCGCUCUGUUCUCCUUGAGACGCCCGAUGAGCCAGAAAAGGCGGGUAGCCCGCGCUCUUCUAAUGCUCUCGAAACUGAUUCUAUGGGAAUUGGGCCGUCUGGGCUUGGAAACGGUGACAGUCGUGACCGUGAUACACGGUUGUCCGCCUUCCUGCGAUCUGACGGCUACACAUCUGGACAUUCGUUAAAAAGCAUGGAUUCGAAUCCAUCGUCUCGCCGGACGGUGUCCAGCGAUCGCUCAUCUCGCCCUAGCAAUCAGAUAGCCUCUCAUAAUGGGGCCACCAAUUCCAACUCGCCCGGGCACACAGUUGCACGAGCUGAUAUCCGCGCCAGCGCGGAACGAAUUCUGUACACAUAUCUCCUCCCAGGCUCUGAACGAGAAGUCAUUCUCCCAGAAAAUAUCGUGGGAGACAUUGUGCAUAUGAUUGAGCAAGAGGGGAGGGACGAUCCGGAAGUUUUCGACACUGCAAAGGAUUACGUCUUUCAGGCAAUGGAGAGAGACGCGUUUCCUGGGUAUUUACAGGCUAAGGCACUGGGAAAUCUUGUCCCACCCAGUAUUUUGGCACGUUUGGCUCUUGCUCUACUGAGUUUUGGCGGUGGCUUUUGGGCCGCGUUUUACGUAGUUCUCACCGAUCAACCGAGAUCCGUUAGGUGCUGGGUUAUUUUACCUUUUAUCUUUGCGGCCUACUUCCUCUCCUCAUAUCAGUACAAAAUUGACCCGAUCUUUGCCCUUGCCGGGUUCAGUGAGUACACCAUUUUUACAUGGGCAAGAAUCCGCGAGCCGUACGUCCGAUCCUUGCUCAUCAAGCGCGCAUCUGUGUCCCUACUUCUUGGAGCCUUCAUUGCCGUGGCCAUAUGUGUCUUGUUUAUCUUUGUUCCCGGAACCCAACUUUAG